AUGGCCUCUGGCCUCGGUUCUUGCGACCAUAAGCAGUCCAUUGGCUGUAUUCUAGGGACAAUUCCAACAUGUUGUGCUUGUGCUGAUAGGAGGCCGCUCGCUUCUGCCUAUGCGACUUAUGUGGACGGCUCAGGCAUGAAGCUGGUGGGAAGCAGGUGGCAGAAGUACUGCUGGAAAUGUCGAGACUACUGGGGGUUUCGUCAAACGGAAGAAGAGACUACACGACCCAGGCCACCUCAGGAAGACCAAUCGUGGUCAUUCUCUUCACAUCCAUUGCCGCAGACUCUCAAUCCAUUCACUGACAUGCCCCGACGAAACGGACAGCCAGACCACCACCAACAACAGCCACCAUUCCGCUUGAGUAGUGCCAAUAACUCACGGGAAAUUGAAGACUCGGUAGAAGUCGAUCAAAUAACAAAUGUCUCCAGUCUACUACGACCGGGACCGCCUCGAGAUCCAGCCGUUGAUCUGAGCGACCAGUCAGACCCAUCAGGCUCGGCAUCAUCAACUCAAGCCUCCUCCAGAAGGCAACGCAGAGCCGCGAACCCCUUUGGGACCCGUGAAGAAUGGGAAUCGCCUGAUUACCAAUCGCCCCUCGCAGGCAUGUUCACCCGUGCCUGGACACGCUAUAGAGAAGCUGAAGACAAUCGUCGCCAGGCCGGAACAGAGCUUCCAAGACAAAUGCAAGGAGUUUCUUUCAACGACCAUGAAGAGUCUCUACAGUCGACACAAUACCCAGCAUCAUCUGCACCCCACGCGUACAGUCGCCAUUACGAGCGUUCUCGCCACAACAACUCAUUUUCCCUGGUCGAUGACCUCGCUUGGAAUACCCCCAAUGCCCUCCCAGAGGAGGUUCGCCGCGUGCACACCAUGGCCAGCAAUUUGGUUGACAGUGCCGCCGCCGAAAUGAACACGCAUGGACAUCCACACGCCGCGCCACCAGGCCACGCUAAUCCGUUCACCAGUAGUCUGUUCAGCAUACAUGACGCCUACAACCGAGCAAACGUUGAGAACCCAUUCACUCGAAACUAUGGCUUCAUGAAUAUGGCACGGCCACCGUCGCCGCCUCGCGAGAACCCCAUCGAUGUGCAGACGGCGCGGCCUCCACCACUGACUACAGAAGACAUGACGGUCAGCAUUGCCUGCCGCAUCUGUACGGAGCAAAAGGUGGAUACUCUGCUUAUGCCGUGCUCGCACGUCGCGAUGUGCGGGUGGUGUGUGCAAUUGAUGCGGGAAGAGAGCGGGAGGAAACGAGAGCGCAAUGGGUUGGCGGGACAGAACGUGCGGAUUCGGGGCGAGGGGUGGAAGUGCCCAAUCUGUCGGCGCGGAGUAGAGGGCACGCGAAAGGUUUACCUGGGCUGA